AUGCGGCAAGAGGACAGCGAGCUAACCAACCCCACUCCGGUGGAGAGUCCUGGUGCCACAGCAUUGCUGCGGCAGCAACGUGUCGCCAUCAGAUGUCGUUGGAUCUGGUCGUGGCCUGGUAGUCUCUAUGAUGCUUUGCAGCUGAGGAAAGGUGAGGAAAAGUAA